AUGUCUACCUUUGUAAGUCAGUCAUCGUUCUUGGACUGUUCCGACACACAGACAAACACAUUUAAUGUGUAUGAAAGCCAAAACUACUACUUAUUAUCACUCUCAUUACCAAACAUUCUUACAUCGACUCUUCAAGUGAAGUAUAUGAACAAUUGGGUUGUUGUUAAAGCGUCUUUACUUUUGAGCUCAAACGCACCGAAGUUCGUCUCACAGUUUCCGCUCCCAACAAAUGCGGAUGGGUCACAUUUACGAGCAAAGCUUCAGGGCGAUGUUCUAGCAAUUGUUGUGCCUAAGAAACAGACAUAUUGCACUGAGGUUGACAUUAUUUCUUUCUAA